AUGAAGUUGUCAAUCGCAGCCGCCCUGCUCACCACCCUCGUCGCCGGCGCCGCCAUUCAAGAGCGCCAGGUCAGCCCCGAGUGCGAGAAAUGGGGCUCCCUCGAUCACCCCUACCCGUUCGCAACCCAGUGGGGUGAAUACUUUUUGUGCUGCAACUAUCUAGGCCCUGGAAACAUGGACGAGGGCUGCUGCGACCCGGCCGGUGCGAACACCGGCAGCGGCGCUCCCGGAUGCCCGUAG